AUGAGAAGAGCUUUGAGAGCUCGCUCCCUCACCGGUUCAUUCCAGACCGACCGUGACUGCGACGACAUUGUUGAAUCACUCAUGAGAGGUGCAAAAUGCGAUACUAUCCCUCCAAACAUGACCCAAAACGUCAUUACAAUUUUAACAGCUCGCAGGAAGGAUGCUCUUCUUCACGGCAAGGAGGCAACUGCUGCAAAGAUGGAAACACUCAUCAGCGAAUUAAGGUAUGGUCCAGAUAAAUUCGAAAUCGAUGGUACAGAAGAUCCAAUUACAACCCGUACUCGCUCGCUUGUCAAGACACGUGACUUUUCAGAGCACGACCUCAACCCAACACGUAAAGAAAUGGCAAAGGGCAAGAAGACCGCUGAAGUCCCGCCAAACGUUCGUCCAAAAGUUAUGCCACUCCUUAAGAAUUCCAGAUCCGUAAAGGUUUCUAGAAUCAACUACGAGUCAUCAGAUCGUUAUGAUAAGGCUAUGGAUCAGCUUGACGAAUAUCAAAUUGAUUCCCGCCGUCUCGGCCCAAGAUUCCAGAGAGUUGAAGCAAUCCAGAGAAAGCUUGAUGAAGCCCGCAUGCACUACAACGACGUCCGUCUUCAAGUUCAUACACAACGCCAGCAAUACGAAGCUCUCGAAGCCGCCGCUGCCGAAGAGCUCGAAGAAAAAAUUGCUGCCGAAUCUCUCGAAUACGGUUCCCAUGUUCCAAAGUCGCUUCCUCUCGAAUACUCCAAGUUCAGUGCAAAUGCUCUCAAUCUUCGUGAGAGACAGCGCAAGGCAGCCAGGCUGAGAAUGUACGAUGAUGCAGACAACUUCAGCAAGCAAGCUUUAGCCUUAGAAAAGAAGCAGCUUCAAGCACAGAACGAAAAGUUUGUUCGCGCAUUCAAUCUCAACCGCAAAUACCUCGACAAGAAGAUGGUUGAGCAGCGCGAAUGCUUCCGUGAGAUCUGGAGAAGGAAGAAAGAUAAAGUUUCUCGUGAUACUACUGCUGAACUUCGCCAAUCGAAGAAGGCAAUCGAAAAUCUCGAGAAGGAACUCGCCGAAGCUCAGGCAUCCGUCGCAAAGGAAAUGCGCCGCAUCAAGCUCAACGAGCGCAUCGGUACAGCUCCAGUCAAUGCUCGUCCUGGUGCUCUUUACUAA